AUGUCAGCAGCAGCGGCAGCUGCAGCAGCAGCGGCAAACCACGGGUCGGUGGAAGGGGCUCCCACAGCGGCUGGGCGAGAGGGCUAUCCACCUUCUUCGGGAGCAGGAGAGGGGCCGCAGAUGCAGCAGCAGUCUUAUCCAUUUAUGGUGCAGCAGCACCUCGCGGCGCAAGGUAUAUCUCACGGCUAUCCGGGCAUGCUGGACGGGGGGGCCCCUGUAGACCCAACGCAGGCUCAAAUUGCUGCCUUCGCAAACCAGGCAGCCAUGUACGGGCCUUAUGGGUCUCCUUAUGCCCUCAAUAUGCCUGCUGCUCCCUCUGGUGGCCCGUACUACCCUGGCUUGGGGGCACAUAUCCCCUUCGCUGGCAACGAGACCUUCAGCCUGCCGGGCCCCUCCUACUAUGACCCCUAUGGAAUGCUCAACCCUGCUGCAUGUGUUACUCCUCUACCACCCCCUGAGAAUCGCGAAGUUGAACAGCCCAAACACCUCCGCCGAAAGGCGAACAAAAAGUGGUUUGGGUGCUGCUAA